AUGACGCGCCACCACAUCCGACCGGUCACCGUCACCGUCAACGACGACUGCAGAAGCUGGAGUUGUUCUCGAGUCGUCGUUACGGUAUGCAUUAUGUAUUUCAGCUCAAAUUCUCUAACAAAAAUUGCGGUGCACCCCGCGUUGAACCGGCCAUCGGCGUGCACCCCUCGUUGAACUCAGCGCGAUUGGGUGCACCCCUCGAUAGGCUGCGGGCUGUACAGGAAAGUUCAUCGCGGGGUUCACCGCACCUUUUGUUAGAGUUCAUGUACUGCUGCUAAAAAAAAAGUCGAAUCACAACGCAACCCCACUAAUUAUGGGUUAAAAAAUUUUUAUUUUUAUUUUCUAAGUAGUUUUCUCCUUUAAAAACUUGCCGAGCGAAAUAGAUUAACGACACAGAUUUAAUAUAAAAAAAUAUCUAACAUCCACAUGUGUAUAAAUUUCUGCUAUUUCAGGUUGAUAAACCGAAAUGCUGCGGACUCAAUUCAAAGGUUUCAAAAAAAACUCCCCAAAUGAUUUUUUUUUUUCUGUUCAGACUUUGCUGUAUCUUCUGUGCGCAAUAUCUUUGUUGUUCUCGCUUGUCGCCUUGGUUCUUCACAUUAUUUUUGAGAAACAUUGGUUUUUUAUUCUUCUCCACGGUUUCAAUGUAAGCUCUGCCCCAGGAUUUUUUUAAAAUUCAACGUCGCGUUUUUCAGGUCGUCGCAAUUUUGGUGACCAUUUUUGGACUUGUGAAGCAGAGCAGUUGGCUUCUUGCCAUCGCUCUCUCCUUAUCAGUUUGUUUCCACGAUCAUUUUUCCUUUCUUCAUGAUUUAAAGUUUUCUCUUAUUUCUUUCGUUUUCCGUGUCAAACGAGAGAUUUGAACCUCAUUUUCCAUGAAAGGAGACAGUCUAACUUGUCUGUUCUCUUGAUUUUCUUGAUGUUCUCUCGACAAAAUAGUUUGAGAGAAAGAACUUCGCUGGGAGAUCAAGAGGGACAGAGACACCAGACGAUUUAAAGUCGCGGCGAAAAAAGUAUAUCACCAUUAAAUAUAAUGAUAAAAUUUUUGAUAAAGUUUUUCAGAAAUAUAUUUUGGAAUUUUUGAAAAAAAUAUUUUUCUAACUGUUUUACCGAUUUUGAAACCCCAAAAACUUUUUUUAAAAUUGCAGAUUUUGAUGCUGAUCGGAUGCAUAGCUGGAGCCGUCUACUGUAUUCUCACUAUAAUCUUAGGUUCUUUUCCACACUCUCGAAAUUGGGAACUGAUAAAUUGUUCAAAUUAUUCAGAAUACCCUCGAUCGUUCCACUGGCGACUGAAAACCUACUACAUCACAAUGACCACGUUUGAAAUUGCCGUUAUCAUUCGUGAGAUUUACUUUGGUAUUCAAGAUAAAAACUAAUCAUUCCAGCGCAACUCGCGAUUUGUUUCCUGACGUCCGAGAUUUUCGCUUACUACCGAAAACCGGCCACCGUUAUUGAGAGAUAA